AUGGCAAGUCCAGACAGAAGUAAACGGAAGAUUUUAAAAGCGAAAAAAACAAUGCCUACAAGUUGCCGGAAGCAAGCAGAGAUCCUGAAUAAGUCAAAGAAUGUUGAAGCACUAAAAACAGCAGCAAUUGGGAAUAAUGUGUCAAGUGGUAAUCAGAAUUCAAGUACUGAUGUCAUAAGUAGCAAAUGUAGACAUUCUGAAAAUGAUGCUUCCUCUUUGGACUCUAUCAGAAAUACAGUAUGUGCACCAGAAAGUAAAGUAUUUUCUCAGAAUUUAAUAAAACCACUAGAAAUUGUUGAUUCCAAAACAAGAUUAGAAUACACUGAAGAACAAGUUGUGUACCCUUUUGAAAAGCCAAGUAAAACAGUAGAAUCUCCCAGGAAACUCUUUACACAAGACGCAAAAGAUUCACGAAACACUUCUGAAAACCAUUUUGAAUGUCAGGCAAGUGUAACACGAUCCUUUUUUGAACAUGAAGAGGAUUGUAAUCUGAAACCCAUUUGCUGUCCAUCCAGUGUAUUGAGUGGUGUAGUUCAAAUGUCAAAGUCUACAAUAACCAAUACCUUGGAUGACAAGAGAAUUGACAAGAUAGUUUCCUAUUUAGAAACAAACUCUAAUUCUGAGUUACAUGAUAAAAGACAAAAUAACACUUUAAUUUUAAGUUCAGAUAUCCCUUUUGAGCCUGUUGAUAAAAUACCUAAGUUGGUAAAUUCAGUCAUUUCUAGUAACUGUGCUGCUGACAUUUUGAAAAGUGAAGAAUCCUGUAGAACCUGUCAUUCCAGCAUUUUAAGUUGUGAAAGUACAGAUGCAAAGUGGCUGUCCUCAUUUGACACUGAUAGUAAUAACAGCCAUAAUCAAAAGAAGAGGAUGUUUUCAGAAAACAAAGAAAAUGUUAAGCGUGUGAAAACUUCAGAGCAAAUUAAUGAAAAUAUUUCUCUAGCUCUGGGAAAGCAAACAGCAUUGCUGGAACAGGUCAGACAUUUGAUUCGACAGGAGAUCUGUAGUAUAAAUUACAAACUAUUUGAUAACAAACUGAAAGAAUUGACUGAACGCAUUGGGAAGACACAGUGCAGGAGUAAACAUGAAGCAAUAGCUGAUGAACUCUUCACAAAAAUAACAAAACUUCAAAGACGUAUUAAAACGGUAAUCUUAUCUCAAAGGAAUUGUGUUGAACGAAACAUGGUAUCCAGCAGUACAGCUUGUAAGGUUGCAAAUUCAGAGACUAUGAAUUUGGAUAAGAAUCCAGAGUCAGUUAAUAGUCCACAGGAAAGAAAAACUUAUGUGAACUCUGAACCUUCUAAUCCUUCAGAAAAAGCAAGUGAAAAGAUUAAUUUGUCACGGGAACAUAAUGAGGCUGUUUCUGAAAGCAAUAAUGAUGAUAUCAUGUUGAUUUCUGUGGAAAGUCCUAAUUUGACAACUCCAAUUACAUCAGAUCCAACAGAUACUGGAAAAAUUACAUCAGGAAAUUCUAACAAUUCACCUGAUGCUGAAACUGAAGCUAUGAAAGUCCGGUAUCCACGCUUGAGUCACCUACGAAAGCUAUUUCAAUCUCAAAAGAGACAGCCCCAGUGGCACAAAAUGCAGCCCAGGUUCUUGAGUCCUUUGAGCACCUGCCACCUCUCCCAGAACCACCACAACUACUACCUGAACUGGUAGACAAAAUCCGAGACACACUUCCUCCCCAGAAGCCUGAGCUCAAAGUAAAACGGGUGCUGAGACCCAGGGGCAUUG